AUGGAGGAUCCGGUCCAAGAGAUUCGCGGCGUGGUCAAGGGUCUCGUCGCCGCGAGGAACGCCUCGGAGCAAAAGUACUGCAUGCAAAAGUACUUUGCGCCCGAUGCGUCCUUUGAUCACGUCCUCUGCACCGUCGCUUCGGGUCCCAACUCGAGGGACAACGGCGUGCUGCCCAUCUACCAGUGGCUCCGCGUCAUUUCGCGCUCCGACAUUGAGGUCUUUCACGUCGGAUUCGACCAGCAUGCCAACAAGCUCUUCCUAGAGGCAGUGCAGACGCUGCGUCCCAACUUCCCCGUCGUGCGCGACGUCGUUGCCAAGGACGCACGUAUCGUGGUGGCGCUCCAGCUGCAGCGUGGUGCCGACGGCAAGUUCUACAUCAAGAGCCAACAGGACCUGUAUGCGCCGCAGGUCCUGCCGUUUGGCAUCGUGCCAGGCGGCGAGACUGUGACGAUGCUGAUCAAGAAGAUCGCUGCGCUCAACUGCGUCGUGUUUGUCGCGAUUGCGCAGAUCCUGUUUGGCCUGUGGAAGCCGGGCAAGGACCCGCUGGGCUCGCACCUCAAGAGCAAGUAG